GUUAAUGUGAAAAGCCUCUCAUAUGUCAUCAGCCAAGCGAACCCUUAGUAUGAACACCGUGAGUCGUAUCUGUAUGCUCUGUUUUCUCUACAUCCACCGUGUUCAGGUAAAGACAUAAGACAGUCUUAUAUUUUCCAGACAGCAACGAAAAACGGAUGCGACAGACCGAGCGAUAUAAACAAAAUGUAUAUUGAAAAAUCUUUGUAGAGUAAUAAUAUUUGUUGCUGUACGUUUUUGCGCAGGAUGCCAUGAUGCAAGGUAUAUUUUGGCUACUCCUUUUCCUAGUUCCUGCGAGAUCACAAGACGUCACGUAUACCUGCCCCUCUGGCUGGGUUAUCAGAGGUAAACAGUGCUAUCUUUACAUUGGAGAGUCCAAAACGCAUGACCAGUGCCGGGAUCACUGCCGUGGACUUGGUGGCGACCUACUCAGUGUGUGGUCUUUGACGGAGUAUUAUUUCAUCAAGGACUUUAUUCGUGUGAGGAUUCCGAGUCCCGGAUUACUUGGAUGGUCUGGCUUAAAGAAAGUCGUCGGUGGAAACUGGGAAUGGACAGACGGGUCGUUUCAGCAAUAUGCCCGCUGGUAUUUACCGCCAGAAGACACUUACAAUAUCGACAUGUGCGGUGCUAUACUGGGUGGUAAUGGUCAGCUAUACCCAGCCCCAUGCAAAAACAUAAUGUCAGUGUUUAUUUGCAAACGAGAAGCUGUGGUGGCCUAUCAGCUCGGUCUUCCCUGGGAAUCUUCCAGAACGACCAAUGACACUAGUGUCAGUUACGGUAGAGACGCCAUGUUUUACCUGACGGAUAAUGUAGAUGAUGUUCUUGAACGCCUAAACACAACGCUGACGUUCAGGGCUCGGAAGGAGGUCGAUUGCGGUCUUCUUUGUAUGCGUACACAAGGAUGCUCCGCUUUCGUUUACAAAUGUCAGCAGACAACGGGCUGUGACCAAUAUGAAUGCGUCAUGGCGUAUUCUUGACCAUCUCCUGGGUCAAGUUUUCCAAGCGGCAAUUCAGAAAAAAGUGUGAACUAGC